UUUUUUCUACUCUCCGUUCCUCCUCUCCUCCAAUCAUCUUCUUCUUCUCUCUUUCCAAAAAUCAGCAGCAGCAGAGCAGACGACGGAGAGCGAGAGAGAGAGAGAGAGGAGAGAGGAGAAAAUCUAUCCCUACAUAGAUUUUCUGUAGAUUGCAAAAGAACCUUUGAAUCCUUCGAUGCACCCGAAAUGGAGUUCCUGCGACUGCUGAUUCUCCGAAUUUAGGGUUCCCAGAGUCCCUGUCUCAUGAAUUGCAGAAUCGCGGUUUCUUGCUGUAGUCAUCGGAAAAAGAUGCAGUUUUCUAACCAUUUUUAGAAGGUGAUGCAAUGGAGCAAUCUUCAGGCCAUUCACUACCAGGUCCUACCAAGAUCCCAUUAGCAAAGGUCAAUCAGAAUGUGGAAGCUGGUGCAUGGGGGAUACCAUCUGGAUCUGAUGCAUAUCAUGGGUCAAGUGACGCUAGUCUGUUUUCCAGCUCCUUACCUGUUCUUCCGCAUGAGAAGUUGAAUUUCACAGACUCAAAACAUGUUAAAUCUAUCGAUGAUGCCUCAUCUAAUUUAAAUAAACUACAUCAAGAUGUGGAGGGUAAGGAGGCUCUUGAAGAUGUUGAGUACCAUGCAAUUGGAAGCCUGCUUCCAGACGAUGAGGAUGAGCUUUUAGCUGGUAUAAUGGAUGAUUUUGACCUAAGUGGGUUGCCUAGUCAAUUGGAGGACUUGGAAGAGUAUGAUCUUUUUGGUAGUGGAGGGGGUAUGGAAUUGGAUUUUGAUCCUCAGGAGAGUCUUACAAUGAGUAUGGCAAGGGCAAGUAUUAAUGAUGGUUAUGUAGGAAAUGGAACUGGUCCAUAUGGUAUUUCAAAUGGCAUGGGAGCAGUUGCUGGAGAACAUCCUUAUGGAGAACAUCCGUCAAGAACAUUAUUUGUGCGGAAUAUCAAUAGUAAUGUUGAGGAUUCAGAACUGCAAACUCUUUUUGAGCAAUAUGGUGAUAUCAGGACUCUCUACACUGCUUGCAAACACAGGGGCUUUGUGAUGAUCUCUUACUAUGAUAUCCGGGCUGCUCGAACUGCAAUGCGUGCAUUACAAAACAAACCCCUUCGGCGGAGAAAACUUGAUAUUCAUUUUUCAAUUCCAAAGGACAAUCCAUCUGACAAGGAUAUCAACCAAGGAACUCUUGUAGUUUUUAACCUGGAUCCUUCAGUUUCAAAUGAUGAUCUUCGUCAAAUAUUUGGGGCUUAUGGGGAAGUCAAGGAGAUUAGGGAGACUCCACACAAGCGGCACCAUAAGUUUAUUGAAUUUUAUGAUGUCAGAGCAGCAGAAGCAGCUCUUCGGUCAUUGAAUAGGAGUGAUAUAGCUGGGAAGCGCAUAAAGUUGGAACCUAGCCGUCCGGGUGGAGCACGGAGAAACUUGAUGCAACAAUUGAGCCAGGAGCUGGAGCAAGAUGAAACCAGAAGUUAUCGACCACAAGUUGGUUCCCCAAUAGCCAAUUCUCCCCCAGGUAACUGGGCGCAAUUCAGCAGCCCAAGGGAAAAUGGCUCGUUUCAAACCCUUAGCCAGUCCCCAGGUUUAGGAACCAUUAGUCCUGUGACCACUAACCAUCUGCCUGGAUUAGCUUCUAUUCUGCCUCCUCUGAUGUCGAACUCUGUCAAAAUUGCACCAAUCGGAAAGGAUCAAGUCAGGGAUAGCCACAUGGACCAGAUCUUCUCUAACACCAAUUCAACACAUGGAGCUGCCUUUCAGCAUUCUCAUUCCUUCCUAGAGCAUGAUAAUGGAGUGAUGCAGAACAUGACCCCAAGUCCUGGAACUGCAUCUUCUUUUGUCCCUUCAACCUCAAAUACUUCCAGUGUUGGAACGUUAACUGGGCCCCAGUUUCUCUGGGGUAGUUCCAACCCUUAUUCCGAGCACACUCGUCCCUCUGCCUGGCCAACACCAUCUAUGGGGCAUUCAUUCACGUCCAAUGGGCAGGGACAAGGCUUUCCUUACACGAGUCGCCAUCCCUCGUUUAUUGGUUCAUCUCACCACCAUCCCCACCACCACCAUGUUGGAUCUGCUCCAUCUGGUGUUCCUUUAGAGAGGCACUUUGGUUUUUUCCCUGACUCUCCAGAAUCAUCCUUCAUCAGCCCGGUUACUUUUGGAGGCAUGGGCUUAAGCCGCAAUGAAGGGAAUUUCAUGAUGAAUAUGGGUGCCCGGGCUAGUCUGAAUCAUGGAGUCGCUCUUCCUGGAAACAUAUCUGAAAGUGGUUCGCCCAGCUUCAGAAUGGUGUCCUCACCAAGGCUGGGUGCUAUGUUUCUCGGCGGCGGGGGUCUGUUUCCAGGGCCUGUAACCCCUAGCAUUGAUGGAAUAAUUGAUCGUGGUCGCAGUCGUCGAGUUGAGAACAAUGGAAGCCCGAUAGACAGCAAGAAGCAAUACCAGCUUGAAUUAGAUAAAAUUGUUAGUGGAGAGGAUAUUCGGACGACUCUGAUGAUUAAAAACAUCCCAAAUAAGUACACAUCGAAGAUGCUGUUGGCUGCAAUUGAUGAACAUCACCGCGGUACUUACGAUUUUCUCUACUUGCCAAUUGAUUUUAAGAACAAGUGCAAUGUGGGUUAUGCAUUUAUAAACAUGAUAUCUCCUUCACAUAUCAUCCCAUUCUAUGAGGCAUUCAAUGGGAAGAAGUGGGAGAAGUUUAACAGUGAGAAAGUUGCUUCCUUGGCGUACGCCAGAAUCCAAGGCAAAGCGGCACUUGUGACUCACUUCCAGAAUUCCAGCCUGAUGAAUGAAGACAAGCGAUGCCGCCCUAUUCUCUUUCAUUCUGAGGGAUCAGAGGCGGGUGAUCAGAUCAUUCAGGAGCCAUUUCCAUCGAGCAGUCUGAAUAUCCGCAUGCAUCAGCAAGAUGGGAUGAACUUGGAGGAUUUGCCUGAAAGUCCAACAAAGGGUAAUUCAGAUGAGAAACCGGAGUUGGGUCGCAUUGCAAGCAGCUCAGUGGAUUAUUAGCAGUUCUUCACGGAAAGGGAUCACUGCGAAUGCUAACCAGUGGAAAGGUAUGCAAGUGUAUAAAAUGGUGAGAAGAAACAAAGGCAGAGGAAGCAGGUAUAGGUUUGUAUUAUACAGGUGAGGGCAUCCACUUUUGAAAUGAUGGAUGCAUGGAGGCAUUUCAGAAGAAACUGUGAAUGAAGCUGUUGAUAGGGGUAUCGCUUCCUUUUCUUUUCUUUUCUCUCUCCCUUU